AUGGCUAAGACACCAUCCAAGCAAUCUGCCAAGACACCCAAGAAGGCUGCCGGAGGCUCCAAGAAGUCCAAGAAGCGUACCGAGACCUAUUCCUCCUACAUCUACAAGGUGUUGAAGCAGGUCCAUCCUGACACUGGUAUCUCCAAGAAGGGCAUGUCCAUCAUGAACUCCUUCAUCAAUGAUAUCUUUGAGCGCAUUGCCACUGAGGCUGGAAAGCUUGCCACCUACAACAAGAAGGCCACCUUGAGCAGCCGUGAAAUCCAAACUGCUGUUCGUUUGAUGCUUCCCGGAGAGUUGGCCAAGCACGCUACGCACCCUUGUUUCCUGUUGACUCUACCGGCGAAGCAUGACCUAUUGCCGUUGGGAUCAUCAAACAUACCAUACUCCAUGAUGACACGAGACACAACCACACUGUAA